GCCCCCCCCCACAAAUAACCGCAUCCACUCUCCUUGCCCCACACCCUCUCCCCAAACACAGCCUCCAAUCACCUGAUACCAUUCUCAAACCUGCACCCACAAACAAUGCCACAUACCCUCAAACCCCCUCUCCCAGCUCCAUACCCCUCCCCACCCAUCCUCACCCCUACUCCUGCCCCACUCUCUUUAUCCUAGCCUUCCCUUCUCCCCAUCCACCCCUCAGUUCGCUGCAAUCCCCUCCCUCCCCGACACUGCUGCUUACAUUCGGUGAACCCUGACAGAAAAGUUUCUCUGAAGGGGCUAUCAGUAACACAUGGCCCUCAUCACUCAAGUCACAAAAGCAAAAGAUUUUGAAAACUGGAAAUCUGAAAUAAACACAGGAAAUGCUGGAAAAUCCCAGCAGGUCUGGCAGCAUCUCUGGAGCGGGAAACAGAAUUAACGGUUCAGGUUCAUGACCUUCUAUCAGAACUCAUUCCUGCAGUGUUGAUUUUGGCUGUUUGGUGCUUGCUGUCCAGUUGAAUCACUCUCCUGUUUUCUGACACCUUCACGUAUCCCAUAUGACACAGCAGUGAAACAAGACUUUAAACCUGUCAAGGUUGGGGAUUCCUUUGGACCGACAUGGUGGACAUCCUGGUUCAAGGUAUCCUUGACCAUUCCAAAGGCUUGGAAAGGUGAGGAGGUGCACUUUCUGUGGGAGAGUGAUGGAGAAGCCAUGGUAUGGAGAAAUGGCAUCCCGGUUCAGGGAUUGACCAAGGAAGGGGAGAAGAUCAGCUACAUCCUGACAGAGAAUCUCAUGGAUGAAGAUCCCCACAGCUUGGAACUGUAUGUGGAGCUGGCGUGCAAUGGAUUGUUUGGUGCAGGGCAAGGCUCCAUGAUUUCACCCCCGGACCCGAACCGUAAUUUCGCUCUCCACAAGGCUGAGCUGGUCAUCUUCAACAGAGCUGUUCAUGAACUGCUGAUUGACUUUGAGAUCCUCUCUGAUAUGGCAAAGUUUCUUGGCAUUGAAAAUCAGCGUAGCUAUCAAGCAUUGUACACUGCCAACAUGAUGGUGAAUGCCUGUGAUGUGGAAGACCCGAGCACCUUUGCAAAUGUUCACAGAUUGGCCAGUGAUUUUCUUCAGCAGCAGAAUGGCAAGAGUCAGCACACAGUGCAUGCAAUGGGACAUUGCCACAUUGAUACAGCUUGGCUGUGGCCAUUUGAAGAGACUAUUCGAAAGUGUGCUCGGAGCUGGGUGUCUGCACUGCGCCUCAUGGAGAAAAACCCAAACUUCGUCUUUACUUGCUCACAGGCACAGCAGCUGCAGUGGGUAAAGUGCUGGUAUCCAGGCUUGUACACACAAAUCCAGGAGUGUGCUGAGAAGGGGCAGUUUGUCGUAGUGGGAGGCACCUGGGUGGAAAUGGAUGGAAAUCUCCCUUCUGGUGAAUCCAUGGUACGACAGUUCCUCCAGGGUCAAAGAUUCUUCCAGCAAGAGUUUGGAAAGUAUUGCUGCGAGUUCUGGUUGCCGGAUACAUUUGGAUACUCUGCCCAGCUGCCGCAGAUUAUGCAGGGGUGCGGUAUCACACGCUUUCUAACUCAGAAACUCAGUUGGAACCUAGUGAAUGAAUUCCCGCAUCACACAUUCUUUUGGGAGGGAAUUGAUGGCUCCAGGGUCCUGACCCACUUUCCACCUGGCAACUCCUAUGGAAUGAAAUGCACAGUAGAAGAACUGCUGCAUACAGUUAAAAAUAACAAGGACAAAGGUCGCGUAAAUGACAGUGCGUUCCUAUUUGGGUUUGGAGAUGGGGGAGGUGGACCUACACAAGACAUGUUGGAUCGACUACAGAGAGUUCAGGACACAGAUGGGCUUCCCAGGGUGAAACAGUCCAGCCCAGAGACCUUCUUCUCAAUCCUGGAAGCUGACACCACAAUGCUCUGUACCUGGGUUGGUGAACUCUUCUUGGAACUACACAAUGGCACCUAUACUUCCCAGGCAAAGAUUAAGAAAGGUAACCGUAAAUGUGAGUGUAUCCUUCGUAGUAUUGAAGUAGUGAGCAGCCUGGCUUCUGUCCAGAAAGACAGCUUCCAGUAUCCGAGUUCCCAACUGCAGCAUCUGUGGAGACUGCUGCUGCUCAAUCAGUUCCAUGAUGUGCUGCCUGGCUCAUGUAUUCAGUCUGUAGUGGAAGAUGCAGUAAAGUUCUAUGAAGAAAUCCAGAGCGGUGGCAAUGAACUUUUGAAGGAGGCCAUACAGUGUCUCUUGGGAGGAUCUGUGCAAGAGACUGGGAAGAACAUCAAUGUGCUAAACACCUUAUCAUGGGAGCGGACUGAAGUUAUCUCAAUGCCUCGACUGGAGGGAGACGAAGUCCUAGCUCUUGUGAAGGUUCCCAGUGUGGGGUUUGCUACAGUGACCAGCCCCCUGGUCCCAUCUCACCCAGUCAUUGUAUCUUCUCAGGGAGAUGGCUCUGUCCUUAUGGAGAAUGGAAUUCUCAAAGUCGUAUUUGAUUCACUGGGCCGGAUGACAUCACUUACUCACUUACUUUAUAAAAGGGAAACUAUUCCUGAGGGCUGCUACGGGAACCAGUUUGUGAUGUUUGAUGAUAUUCCGUUAUACUGGGAUGCAUGGGAUGUCAUGGACUAUCAUUUAGAAACAAGGAAGCCUGUCUCACAAGUGCUGCAACCUCUGGAAAUUGUGUGCCCUGGUGGAGUCAGGGGAAGUGUAAGACACUCUAUCCGUAUCAGUGACACCAGUAAGAUCCGCCAAGAAAUCAUUCUGGAUGCCUGUUGUCCCUAUAUUAAGUUUAAAACAGAGGUGGAAUGGCAUGAAGCACACCGAUUUCUGAAGGCGGAAUUCCCCACAACAGUCCACAGCCCUAAUGCUACAUACGAAAUCCAGUUUGGACACCUGCAGCGGCCAACGCACCGGAACACUUCAUGGGAUUGGGCGCGCUUUGAGGUCUGGGGACACAAGUGGGCUGAUUUGUCGGAGCAUGGCUUUGGCGUAGCAUUGCUGAAUGACUGCAAGUAUGGAUACUCAGUGCAUCGAAACACAAUGACACUAUCCCUUUUGCGAGCUCCGAAAGCACCAGAUGCCACGGCUGACCUGGGUCAUCAUCAGUUCACUUAUGCUAUCAUGCCCCAUGCAGGUUCUUUCCAAGAGGCCAAUGUGAUUCAGUUUGCAUACAACAUUAACUACCCCUUGCAUAUUGUACCUGCUGAACCCAGUGUCAGUGCUUCCAGUUCCUGGAGUGCUUUCUCGAUCCGGUCUCCUGCUGUUAUUCUGGAAACUAUUAAACAGGCAGAAGACAGGAAAAAUGCCCUGGUAAUUAGGCUCUACGAGUCACAUGGCAGCACUGUUGUCACAUGGUUGCAUACUUCACUUCCUGUUAAACAAGCAAUCUGGUGUGAUCUUCUGGAACAACCUCUGGCAACCAAGGCUGUCCCCAUCACUGACUUUCAAAUCCAGCUUUCCUUCACUCCAUUCCAAAUCCGUUCCCUCCUGCUCAUUUUCUGAGCUCCAUCAUAUGAUCAACACUGAUAUUUUAAAAAGAAACAGUUCCUAAAUACAACAAAAUCACGCAUACUGUGCAGCAAAUGGAGAGUAUUUAAUGAAAUCACCAACACAAAAUACUAGUAUCAUUACUCUGUAUAAAAAGCUGUGGCCUGAUCAUUUCUUACACAUCCCUACUGUUUGUACCUAGAGUGUGAUUUGCACCUAGACUGUGAUUUGCAAUCAAGUUAUUUGCAGGUUUUCACAUGUGGCUGAAGUUCGAAUGUAGUGCCUGAGCAGAAAGACCUGGUAUUAUACAAUGUUUUUCAUAGUAAAAUACCCUGCUGCUUCUGUGAUCAGUCAGAAAUUCAAACUAAUUAAUGAGCAACUAGGAAGGACAAACAAAAAGCUUAUUCAGAGUUGGGUUUUAAGGAGCAGCUUGAUGGAGAGGUUUAAGAAGGGAAUGCCAGAGCUGAAGGAAGGUCAAAGGGAGCCAGGGAUGCACAAGAGGCCAGAAUGGGAGAAGCAGAGUUCCUGGAGGUUAUAGGAAUAGGGAGGGAUUUGAACACUAGGAUGAAAAUUUUGAAAUCUAGACUUCUACCAGAGUGAGAUCCAAUGCAAAUCAGCAAGGACAGGGAUGAGAAAUGAUUGGAAUGUGAUGAGAGUUAGAAUAGGGACAGCAGAGUUUACACAGGGUAGACUUUAGUCAGGAGAGUUGCAAGAGUCCAGGCUACAGGUACCAAAAUCAGGCAAGCAGGUUUCAGCAGCUGAUGGGCUGAGUUAGGGAUGGAGACCGGGUGAUGAAGCACAACUGACCCUUGCACUGUUCGGUGACUAUAAACCACCGCAUCUCAACUAUCAGAGCAAAUACAAGGCCUGUUCUUUCCUUUAGGAAACAUUCAUGCAAAUCUCCAGCCUGGGAAAAAAGUCCUGUAGACCUCUUCUCCAGUUUGUUAAAACUUAUACAUGGCAAACUGUACUUCCUAAGCAUUUUUUUAAAAAGUCAGGAUAUUCAAAUGCUGUUCAGAAUGAUUAAAGGAAUUAAAUCUUUUUUUCACAAUGGUG